AAAGAAAAAGAAGUCAAUGAUCAAACCGACCGCACUGAAAAAAUACAGCAAAAAUUAUCAUCUUUUAAAAAUAAAUAUAACAAGCUUCUUAAUGAAUUAAAUAGUAAAAAGAAUGAUUUGACCGAAAUCAAAAAAGAAAGAGAACAAAAUUUGAGACAAUUGCAAAUAGUUGAAUUGAAAUUAGAUCAAAUGGACAAGGAAAUAAAUAAUUGGAAAGAAAAAUUAAGUAACCAGUCAUUCGAAUUAAAAAGAGAAACAGAAUAUUAUAAUAAUCAAAAAGAAAAAAUAUCAAUAAUGAAAGAUAACUUAACUGAUAUCCUAAGGAGAAACGAAAAAAUGAGAAAUAAAUGUUUAAAUAUUUCCGAACUAAGGCAUGAACUGAUUUCAGUCAGCACAAGACUCUCUGAACAACAAAAAAAAGCCAUGCUUUUAGAAGAACAUAUGAAAAAUCCCACUAAUAUUCAUAAAUGGAGAAUUUUGGAGGAUAAUGACCCUGAAAAUUAUGCACUUAUCAAAAUGAACCAAACACUAAUGCAACAACUGGUAUCCAAAAACAAUGAAAUCACAAAUUAUAAUGUAAACAUUAAGGAGAAAAAUCGACUGUUUCAAGAAAUGAAAACAUUUGCUUUAAGACAAUUUGAUUUGACAGAAUUAAAACAAAAAUUAGAAGAAAAUCAAAUUUUACUCAAACAAAAAUCUGAUGAGAUAAAGUCAUUAAGUGUUGAAAGGGAUCAUUUAUAUAUAAAAUAUGAGAAAGAAAAACAAGAAAAUGAUGAAUUAAGAAAUCAAUUGAAAAAAUUAAAAGUGAAGAUAUGGUUAAAAAAGAAAUCUUCCCAUUUUAACACAGAGCAAGAAGAUAGCAAUUAUUCUUGUAUGCCUUGUAACUCUGUUUUGCAAUUACCACCCAUAAUUGAAACAGAUGAAACAUCAUAUUAAUAAAACUUUAUGUAACUGAAUUUUCUACUCAUAUAAUUCAUUUUAUUAAAAUAUAAUAUAUAAAUAAUAUUUCUUUUGCAAUAUAUAAUUAAGUAAAUAUUCCAUUAAAAGACUUGUAACAAAAUUGUCGACCAAUUUAAU